UAAAAGCAUUUCCUGUUUGUCCAUAUGAAACCCAUUUAGCAUGAAAUCGCAAGUGCAGUGAGAGUACAGACGGUCAGACAUUAGAAUGACCAUGAAAAUUGUUUUGUGGAUGCUAGUGAUUUUAGUUUCCUUACAUUCAAUAUCAUCGCAUGGCUCGGCGAGAUAUUUAAAGGAAAUUGUCCUCGGUAGAUGCUGGGACUUUCAACGGCAAAAGACGUCCGAGGUCACCCCCAAGAACUGUUCGAAAUUAUGGGAAACAUUUCACAAUGCAUUCGCCUUCAAGGACCCGUGUGCAACGAAUUUCUCUGAUUAUGAACCUUUCUUUGAUGAAGUUGGAAUGGACAUUGUUAAAAGGGAUAAGGUAAGAUGGAUAAGAGACACGCUCCCAAACCGCAAUUACGAAAAUCUGACUGCUGACUUAAUUUCAUCACUAACUAACUUCAUUCGAUUCAGUUGGAUGAUUCGGACAAGUUGGCGCACAGUGUUACUGUUUACCUAAAUUAAUCAGGAACAUUGAUGGAGAACUUAACAACUUAAAACUUGAAUUCUCACUAACAAUCCGCCAUUAUAGUGAAUUUGUGUAAGAGAACAGGCAAAGAUAGUUUGUAUUCUCAAGUCGAAAACAGUGGGAGACCUUUUUCCUGGAUCGAGGGAAAAAGCAACUCAUAACAUCAUUAGCAGCUUUUUUUUUUUUUUAGUUACCAUGUCUACCUAUUUAUCUCUCAAAUAUUUCGAUUCGACAUCGACAGGUGAUCGUUUGACGCGAUGAAUAUUUUAAUUAAGAACUGAGUUUCAUUUUUCCGCAUUCAAAGCGUGGCCGUUAAUGCAACGUAACUGAAAGCUCCAAGUGACAUACGUGCCGCUAGUGGACUGCGUGACAUUAUAUGCUAAUUAGUAAAGAACUGAAACCUUGCACGCUUCUAUGGUGUUUAUCGCAUAUAAAUAAGUUAACUUUUAGCCCAAUAAAUUGGCAAUUGGUGAUGGCUACAGCAGCAUAUACAUCUUUUAUGAAAUUACUAGUUAUUUUGUGCAUAAUGCGAUGGUUCUUCUUUUCUUCACUUUGUUGCUGCGUCAACAAGGAUAUUUCGCACGCGCUAAACACCAAGGCUGCAAUAUUCGAUGGCCUCUGAGUUUGUUUACAAGUAGAUACAGUGCACAAAAGUCGGUAAGAUAGAAUGGUUCCCUACAGUUUAAUGAAAGGCAAAGACUGAAUGAAAAUUAGAAGUAACUGUCAAGCAUCGACAUACUUUUACUUCCUUCGCUUUAGAGUGUAAACAAUGAUAAUAAAAUCAUUAACUCUAUCAGUAAGGGAAUCAACAGUAACUUCAAAUAAGGUCAUAAGGAACACUCUUCCUAAUUUGUCUUUCACCGAUGUUUUCCUAUUAGAGUCUCUUUUGGUCAGGAACAUACAAAGAAGCUCACGAAUACUCGGACUUUAACUCCAGGCUGACUACAUUAGAAGACACAAUGGCAGGGUAAGUAAGCUCAGAUGUUAGUGUAUUUACCGUCAGAGUCUCUUAAGCCCCACAGUACAAAGUCCUUUCCUUUUUCGUGUUACGUCCAUUUUCUGUUUCUCCCCUUCCCCCGCCCCAACCUCUCCAGAAAGAAGCUUCCGUAGAGAUUUCCUGGUACCCAAUCAUACUCAAACAACCACGCACAAGCAGAAUAUAAUUUUUCAGUUUGGCGGUAUUACACAUGCGCAGUCAUUAUUUGCUUAAUAAGCAGUUUUUGUUGGUCCCUUGGCAGGGUUUUAGCCAAUGAAAAAGGAGGAAGAUAUGUGAAUAAUGACUUUCUGCUACAUGUACUAAAUUACUAUAACAGGGAGAAGAAAUUAUGUGUGUUGAGUAAGGUGAAAUUGUUUUAGUUUUGCGAUAAGUAAAAUAAGUAAUGGUUUACAUUAAAAACUUAAUUGUUUAAUUAGUUCUCAUCUAACACCUCUGGACAGCGUCUGUAAUCUAAAUAGGUUAUAGAGUGAUUUGUUUUUUCAUGGCAUGACAAACUUCCAUACUCAGAAUUAAAGAAAUGAUUAUGAAAAUAUAAAUCCGUUGCACUCGUCAUUAACUAUUCCGUAUUUAGAGAGAUAAAGAAAAAAUCUCUUAGUUCCUUGAAAAAAUAUGACAGAAAAGUCAUUGUUUAAGUCUCUUGUUGGCUUAGAAUCAAUUAACAUUUAUUUGAAACCUUUUUGUUUUGCAAACAGAUGGAUAAUGAAUGGCUUAACUUGGUGUGGUUCAAAAAAUAAAUCAUCUGAUGGUAUUAACUACGAUUCCUGUCCAAAUUGCAGUCACUUCAAAGCAUUUUGGGGCUUAGCUUCAAGAAGAGUAAGCUUUGUUUGGUUUUCCGACAUUUUUCGUAUGAGCGCUGUAUAUAUGUGAGAUGACGUAGAUCGACUAACUGGAAAUUCCCGAAUAACACAUUUUAAAAGUUUAAAACCUAUUCGAGUUUGUUUAUGUGGCCAUUCAUGGUGAGUUUGCUUUUGCGGCCGCCUAUUUAUCAGGCCCACAUUCGCUCUUUACACCUUAACAUCAUGAUCAGCUGGUUAAUUCUCCAUACUACUCUUUAUACGCUUCUUAUGCUACAAACAAGGAGAACUUGCGUGAUAAUCGAGAAUUACUUGACCUCGCGAAGUCAUUUCCUUUAUUCUCAUGACCUUAACGUUUAUUCAGGGAGUGAUACUGUUGGGAGAAAUUAGAUGCUCGUCACUCUCUGGGGUUGAAGGGUUAAGCUACCCCCUUAUUAUUUUAAAAAAUAGGAUCAUUGGAUAAUGCAAUUCAAAAUAAUCUCAGUCAGUCAGUCAGUACAUCCAGCUACCAUUGCUUUUAUGCGUCAUGUAAAUCCAAGCUGAUGUCCUCUUGUUAUUAUUCAAUGUACUAGUUUGCAGAGAAAGCCAGUGGAAUCUCUCAUGUCUUGGUCAACGGAUCGCGGUUAAUAAACGGGACACCAGCUGCUUACUCAAGAACGAAGUAAACUGUUUCCUUUUUAAUGAAGGGUCUGACAUUUCUUUCAAAAAUUCCCUUUCAUGCAUGAUAUCAUGAGUUUGAAAAAUAAAAAAAUAUAGAAGAUAAAUGCGAGGCGUCACGGUGUAGCUCUCUCGGCCUCCGUUUGUUAGGAUACGUCAUUUUAAGAUUAAUCCUCAGUUUUCUACGCAAACGUAUCAGUUCCUUCCGUCCUCUCAAGAUAAAUGUUUUCUUUUUCUUUAAUUGUUAAAUAUUUAAUUUCCUUUUAAAUCGUUGUACGAUGGUUCAAUCCUUUUUUUUGUUUUUGUUUCAGUUUCUUUGGAAGUAUGGAACUUCCAAACCUUAACAAAAGCAAUGUCAUUGAGCUGAAAAUUCUAGUGGUCCAUAACAUCGGUGGUCCCAUUUUGUAAGUUGAUUUUCAAUUAUCUACUUUCAUGUGCGCUUCAUGACAGUUUUACCGGAACUCAUUACUAAAUUGGACUUUGUACAAAAAAGCUAUUGUUAGGAUUGUAGAUAAAAGUUUUCACGGGCCUUCAUCUAAUGAUAGAUUCGCUUUUCCGCCUUUCAGUGUUAUCCAAACUAACAUGAUGAGAAAUCUCUCCCAAGUGGUUUCCCCCUGCGGUGAACCUUUCCCUUAGAUUUCACUUAACCUAAGGGGUAGUAUCGUUUCAGCCCCCCUAUUUAAUUUCCCAGUGAUAAUCAAAGAUGUAACCGAUUCAGUGUUAUUAGGGUGUCUGGGCGGGAGAUGGGACUUAGGGAACUAAGGACAGAUCUAGGAAAUUCUGACUGAGGGGGAAAAUCCAAACGUUGAUCCAGAAGACAAAAAGGGCUUUUUCUCUGUAUUUGCUCUACUCUAAUACCUAAAUAAACUUAGUAACUUUCAGUAAACUUUUUAUGUGUUUCAAGCUAAGAAGAAUUUGUAAGAAUUUCGGUGUCAGUCCCCCGAAACCUCAGCCUUUCCACUGGAUCUGCUCCUGGGUAUUUUGUCUGGUUCUAGUGCAGCCUCCUCGUAGCGUUUUUAGCAUAGACAAAGACAUUCCAGUCAUUCUAUUCGUGAAUCAGCUCUUUGAUUUUUCUUUUUGUUUUAAUAUGUGAAAUUGAACUGUUAGCCAGACAUGAUUUAACAAUUAGCUUUUUACAAAAAUUAUUAAUUAGGAUAGAUAAUAUCUUUUAUCUGACAAAUAACACAGGGAGGUUUGUGGCAAUGGCUCGAUCAAAGAGAUGGAGGAGGAUGCUAACAAAAGAGGCAUAAAAACGACUUGCCUCGAUGACCCGGCGUAAGUAUAUCCUCCUAAAUGGAACAGAGUAAAACGGGUGUGGUUCUAAAGUGGCAUGACCUAAUUCUCAGUUUUUGUCUAAUUCCCAGUCGAAUUCUCAUGAGAUAGCGAUACCGAUUCUAUGAAACCCAGCACUCAUUGCGACUUUUUAGGCUCCAGUGGAGAAAAGCUUUAUAAAAAUUUCAAAAGGAUGGCAAAACUCCUACAUUUCAUCAUUAUUAGAUUAAGCGGUAAAUUAUUACGGUGGCUACAUAACAGAUGACCCGGAGUAAGUAUAACUUUAAAAUGGAGUGAAAUGGGUGUGGUCCUCAAGGGGGGAAGGUAUACCUCUCAUUUUAGGCCAUUGUCUUUCUAAUUCCAAGUAUCCUUCUCACAUGAUAGCACUUCCAACUCCAAGAAAACCGGUGCUCCUCAAAAGAAGAGCUUUAUAAAAUUUCAAAACCGUAACAAAGCUACAUCUCCAGAAUUUAUGACCGAUAACAGAGUUUUUGUAGCAAAAGACAACUGAGUUACCGCGUUUUUAUCUAUCUGUAUAGUUGGGGCCAAGAAAAGAUUCUCUCCUGUUGAGGCACAACAAGCGAAUAAUUAAAAAGGACUACUUCAAUAGAUCAAAAUUGGGCUUAAAAACCGGUUUUUUUUAAAGUUCUUGUAACAUUGCUCUAACUCCUUUGUUUGUCGUGGUAUUACCAUCAAAAGGAACCUUAAGCAGUCCAUAUAGCAACGCCGAGGAAGACGUGGGCUUAAAAAAAUGAUCUAUAUUGUUAGUUAAGUUGCAAAAAUAGCUAGACAUGUUUGCCGCCUCUUUCAGCGCCACACCUUAACCUCAGCAUAACGUAUUUGGGCAGCGUUGAGCUCCAAAUCCAAACUUAAAUAAUUUGCCGUUGGGGUUUCCCUUUCCACACCAUGCAAGCUCCGAUGAUUUCACGUUGUUGUUUUGCAGAGGACGGUUUGCUUAAGUUCGUUAUAUGGUGACCAUUAAUGACGCAUAUGUAAUUAAUUCUCUUACAUCGUGUGCCUCCUAAGGAAGGAGCAUUGUGAAUAACUUUAGAGGAAUGCGCAAUUUUCAUGGUUAACGUUUUCAUGUUUCGUCUUUAAGGCAAAUUCAACAUCUGCUGUGCGCUGAUUUCCCAGAAUCUCGCGUGUGCCGGUUCCUUCGUAGUGCAACAAGGAGUGUAACAAAGGCCGUGAGUUGUGGGUGAGUUGACUUCAUCUGUUUCCAUUAUUUUCAGUGAGAACAUCGACAAUCAAACCUUAGAAGUAGUGGUAAACGACGCCAUCCCAUUCCAUUUAUUAAGACAGGUUUCGUUCCUCUUACUUAAGGUGUUUUCUUUCAUUCUCUAGUUUCCUCGUCCUUUUUCUCAUCACCGAGAAUAGCAGCAUAUGAUACAAAUAGUUCUAAAACAAACAAGCAAACUAACAAGUGAGGACGCGCUGCCCUUGAAAACUUUUUCUCUAAUAAAGGGAGAGAAGAUACAGCGUUGAUCUCAGGAAGAAAAAAAUUAUCGAGGAAUUUGUGAAACAUCGACGAAAAAAAGUUUAAAGUCAGUUCCCCCCUUCCCCUCUACCCUUUUCCCCCCUCCCCCUUCCAUUUCUCCCUUCCCUCCUUUCACUAACCUCCCUUCCCUUUCCUCCUUCCUACCCCUUUUCCUCCCCCUUCCCCUUCCCCUUCCUUUUUCCCCCCCUUCCAUUUCUCCUUUCCCUCUUCCCCUUUCCCCUUUCCUUCCCCUCCCUAUUCCCCUUCCCUCUUCCUUUUCCUCUUCCCCCUUCCAUUUCUCCUUUUCCCUUUCCUGUCCCCCCCUCCCUAUUCCCCUUCCCCUCCUCCUUUUUCCUCCUCCCCCCUUCCAUUUCUCCCUUUCCCCUCUUCUCUUUUCCUCCUUUACCCUUUCCCGUCCCCUUCCCCGUUACUCCUCCCGCCUUCCCUCCCCUCCUAAUACCCUCCACAACGCCUCGAGUUUGAGCAAUCCACCCAUAUCCUGUCCAUCCUAUUUUAUAACCUACCGAUAUAAUUGUAAGGAACUACUAAAUUUAUUUUAUCAUCCUCUUGACUGCUUUAGAUCUUGGAAGCUGGUAGCUAUUCUGAUGAUAUCGAUUACUGGAGCUGUUCUUCUGGUUGCAAUAAUUGGAGUAAUUUAUGUCAGCAGUAAAAAGAAAAAAAACCCCAUUUCAUUUAAAUACAGACAACAUAUACAGGAAUAAACUGUAAAACAUCUAAAGGUCUUCCUUUGAAACUCAGCAAACGCUGAACAUUUUGAUUUGAUUCUGACAGGUCAGUUGUGUAGUAAACUAUCAACGUCAAGUUCAAAAUGCGCAAACAAUCCCCAAACUACCAAAAUUAUCACCGUUGUCAUUUGCGGUUUAGUUUCCGACACCAAGAAUUUACCUUGAAACACAUAUCACUUAAAAAAAUAUUUGGUGUCCACAGCUGUCUGAGUCUCACAGUACUUUUUGAUUUGAUUGUAAUUCCUAUGGAAAUUGAUGAAAUAUACUUGUGCUUAAAAAGUUGAUGUGGAGCUUUGAGUCUUAUGCAUGAUUAUAAAAAAAAGUUACACCAAUCACC